GCAAGAUGUACGUAUGUAUGCGUAGGUAUGUAUGUAUGUAUGUAGUAAGUGGUUGGGCGAUGAUGAUGAUGAUAAUGAUGCACGAGCCUCGAACGUUUCUCUGCUGCUUCUUAAUAGGAGGGCACGCGGCGCAUGUAUCUGCAUACGUAGGAAUAUAUGUCUUGGCUAACGGUCCGCGUGGAAACGGAAUAAUAAAUAAAAACAGAACUAAUUAUUCAGGAGAACUGUAGGAUGAACUAAUGUUCUUUGCAGGAACAGACCCAGCUUCUGAUAUCGUCUCUCCGUACGGUACGGUUGCAUAUACACGCGUCCGCGUCGGGUCGUUAUGUAUUAUAAGCGCUCGCCCUCUAGAUGCGACGCUGGACUGGGGAAACGCGAGGCCAAGAGGCAAGGGGAAGAUAGAGAGGAAAAGGAGAUAAAAGAAGAUAUCGUGUCAAGUGUCAAGAAGCCAUAUCCAAAUAACCAACGAGCCUUGUGUAGUACUGGUUACCGGGUGCAGACAGUUUAGUUUCCGAUCUCUAACAAGAGACCUAACGUGCUGUGGGUGACAAGCGAAUGAGAGGCCGUUUAUCGUGCAGCAGCUUUGAUGCAAGAUGAGUUGUCCACUUUUGCCGGGGGACUUUGCUAACCUAGUAGGUAGAGCCUAGAUAGAGAGAGCCUAAUGCUUAGAGCUGUGGUCAACAAAGACCGGACGGGAGGUCUAAUUUUGAG